AUGGAUAUCUUUGAGAUUGAAGCCGUUCAUUUGGGUGAUUUGAAGAAAGUAAUUGUUGGACAUGAUAUGAUAAGAGCUGGACAGGGUUGGUCACUAGAUAAGGUUAUCAUCAAAGAGGCGGAAGACGCAGACAAGGAGUGGUACUUUCAGUGCAAGAAGUGGCUGGAUGUUGGGGAAGAUGACCAGGAAAUUGAAAGAGAGUUGUUGCCAGGGAAACCAGAGGGAGAGUGGAAACUCGUCAUCACUACCCAUGAGGAUUCAUUCCUGCCGAGUGAAGCACUUGCAUAUCUUGUUGUGUAUGGUGAAGAUGGCAAGACUGAACCCAUUGCUGUAGGUGGUGAACCUGCUCUUGAACCUGGCAAUCUUGAUGAAUUUGAUAUAACACUGGACAAUGUGGGUGAAAUCUACAAGAUACGUAUUGGACAUAUAGAUGAAGAUGAGUGGGAAGGGUGGUAUUUGGAAGAUGUAGAGCUCAGAGAUAAAUGUUCAGAAGCUGUCUUUGCAUUUCCUUUCAAUCGAUGGAUGGCAAGGACGAAAGAUGAUUUUGACAUUGUCAGAGAAUUACCAGUUACCAAGGAGGGACAGGAUCAACUCCCUGUAUUUAAAUAUCAAGUACUAGUACAUACCGGUGAUAGAUGGGCUGCUAAUACUGACGCCAAACUAUUUCUCACAUUGUAUGGUGAAAGAGGGGAUAGUGGUGAAAGACUUCUAUUCUACAGUAAAGAUCACAAUGAGAAAUUCCAGAAAGAUCAGUAUAUUUCAGGUGCUGGUGUAUUUGUUGAUACAAUACUAGUUAGAGAAUCUGAAGAUUCAGAAAAUGAAUAUGUUUUCCAAUGUGUGCAAUGGUUGGAUGAUCACAUGGAAGAUAGACAAACCAAGAGACAAAUCAAACUGUUAGGAGUAAGACCUGUGCAGAAAACUGAGGCAGAAGAGGACAAACACAAAUCAAAGGGUAAUUGGAAGGUAUUGGUGAAAACAUGUGAUGGUGAGAAUGCAGGCACUGAGUCUAAUGUUUUCAUCAGUGUAUAUGGUAAAGAUAACAAAAAGGAACUCAUUCCACUCAACAAUGGUGAAAUAAGACCAGCUGAGGAAAAAGAUUUUGAGAUCAAUGUUGGUGAAAUAGGUGAAAUUUACAAGAUAAGAUUGGAGCAUGAUAACACUAGUGAAGAACCAGCAUGGCAUGUAAAUAAAGUUAUAAUGGAAGAUAAAGACAGUAAAGAAAAAUUGACUUUUAUAUGUAAUAGUUGGUUAUCAAGAGAUAAAGAGAAUUGUGACAUUUACAAAGAAUUACCAGCAUUAAGAUCCGGACAGGAUCCUCGACCUUUAAAAUCAUACAUAAUUGAAGUCCAUACAAGUGAUGAUGAUGAUGAUGCCAGUACUGGUGCUAAUGUAUUCCUGACUCUGUUCGGUAGUCAUGGAGACACAGGGAAGCGCCAACUUAUUAAAGUGAAACCUGAGAGAAAAUCUGAUUCUGAUGAAAAUCAAGAAGAAAAGAAAUUGUUUCAGAAAGGACAGGUUGAUUCAUUCCUGAUAGAAGCAGUCUCUCUAGGUGAGUUAGAAAAGAUAGUAGUUUUCAUCGACUCUGGAGAGCCUGACAAUGCUUGGCUUCUGGAUAAAAUUAUAGUCAAAGAAUCUGAAUUCUCCAAGGUACAGUGGCAGUUUGCAUGUCAAGAUUGGAUUGGGAAAAUUCAAGUUGAUGGCAUGGUAAUGUCAGACAGAGAAAUUUGGGGAGUUGAAAGACCAGUAUCAGCUCCUGAGACAGAAAAUGAGACACCACCUGAUGAUGGAGAAUCCAACUCACAGGGUAAAUGGCAUGUAUGGAUGAGAACUGGAAAAGAUGAUAAAAUGGGAACAACAGCAAAGACCUAUAUGAUGGUGUAUGGACAGAAUGGCUGCACAGAUCCUAUUCCACUAUUGAAAGAAGGAGAGAGUGUGAAGGAACAAGAUGAAGAAGAAAAUAAACUAGAUGAAAAGAAGCAGGAAAAUAUCAAAGAGGAUAAAAAAGAUGUAGUGCUAAGAUUUGAAUCUGGUUCAACCGAAGAAUUUGAC